AUGUCGUCCCAAAACUCGCACAACAUCCUCCAUGAGACGCAUCUGUUGUCGGACACCAGCAUCCACGCCAUAGCCGGCGCCCUGGCAGGCACGCUCUCUGGUAUCGUGGUGUGUCCUCUCGACGUGAUCAAGACCCGGUUGCAGGCAGAAGGAGCUCUCGACAAGCAGAGAGGCUCACUCAAGGGCGGCCUCACCCGUACAAUGGACUCCAUUGUCAAGCAUGACGGCGUGCGGGGCCUGUACCGAGGAGUGAUCCCCAUCAUUCUGGGCUACUCGCCCACCUGGAUGAUUUAUUUUGCCGUCUACGAAAAAUCAAAAUAUUUAUUGUCCACCGUGCCCCAGUUGGACCCCUAUCCCUUCUUUUCGCAUUGUCUGUCGGCUCUGGGCGCCGGAGCCGCCUCCACCACCAUCACCAACCCCAUCUGGGUCGUCAAAACCAGACUCAUGUCCCAGGGCCGCAACACCCCCUGGCACUACUCUGGCACCUGGGACGCCUUCAAAACCAUGUACAAAACCGACGGAAUCAAAGUCUUCUACUCGGGUCUGGGCCCCGCUCUUCUGGGCCUCUCCCACGUGGCCAUUCAGUUCCCCAUGUACGAGAAGCUCAAGGUGAUGCUCGGAGUCAGUCCAGACUCCAACAAACCCAACCCCUGGGCAGUCACGGUGGCCUCGUCACUGUCCAAGAUGAUCGCGUCGGCAAUCACCUACCCACACGAGAUUGUGCGGACCCGAAUGCAGAUCCAGAGUAAAGACGGCCAGUAUCGUGGCAUCAUUGCAUCGUUCAAGAAACUCUACCAGGAAGAGGGCUUCCGAAUCUUCUACACGGGCUUCGGCACCAACCUGCUUAGAACCGUGCCCGCCUCUGCCAUCACCCUGCUUUCGUUUGAGAUGAUUUCCAGCCGCCUCAAACAGAUCCUUUAG